ACCCGGGGAAAUAGCUGCACAGUCCGACCCCGGAGCACCAGGCGCAUACAUUCGAGCACACUCCCACUCGCACGCACACUCACGCGCACACUUCAACCCCUCCUCCGGACCCCGGCCCUGGACCCGCGAGCGCGGACUGGGUCGCCAACCCAGAGAGCCGGUGCACAGAGCGCGCCGCGCCUGCCCCCUUCGCGCCCCCACGCGCGCCUGGCUGGAGGAUCUCCUCCGCGUGCCCGAAAGGGGAUAUGCCAUUUGGACAUGUAAUUGUCAGCACGGGAUCUGAGACUUCCAAAAAAUGAAGCUGGCGACAGGACUGUGGGUCUGGGUGAGCCUUCUCUUGGCGGCAGGGACCGUCCAGCCCAGCGCUUCUCAAUCAGUGUGUGCAGGAACAGAGAAUAAACUGAGUUCCCUCUCUGACCUGGAACAGCAGUACCGGGCCUUGCGCAAAUACUAUGAGAACUGUGAGGUAGUCAUGGGCAACCUGGAGAUAACCAGCAUUGAGCACAACCGGGACCUCUCCUUCCUGCGGUCUAUUCGAGAAGUCACAGGCUAUGUGUUAGUGGCUCUUAACCAGUUUCGUUACCUGCCUCUGGAGAAUUUACGCAUCAUCCGUGGAACAAAACUUUAUGAAGAUCGGUAUGCCUUGGCAAUAUUUCUAAACUACAGAAAAGAUGGAAACUUUGGACUACAAGAACUUGGAUUAAAGAACUUGACAGAAAUUCUAAAUGGUGGAGUCUACGUAGACCAGAACAAAUUUCUUUGUUACGCAGACACCAUUCAUUGGCAAGAUAUUGUUAGAAAUCCAUGGCCUUCCAAUUUGACUCUCGUAUCAACAAACGGAAGCUCAGGAUGUGGACGUUGCCAUAAGUCCUGUACUGGCCGAUGCUGGGGACCAACAGAAAAUCAUUGUCAGACCUUGACAAGGACAGUGUGUGCAGAACAAUGUGAUGGCAGGUGCUAUGGACCUUAUGUCAGUGACUGCUGCCAUAGAGAAUGUGCUGGAGGCUGCGCAGGACCUAAGGAUACGGACUGCUUUGCCUGCAUGAACUUCAAUGACAGUGGGGCAUGUGUGACUCAAUGUCCCCAAACCUUUGUCUACAAUCCAACCACUUUUCAAUUGGAACACAACUUCAAUGCAAAGUACACAUAUGGAGCAUUCUGUGUCAAGAAGUGCCCACAUAACUUUGUGGUUGAUUCUAGUUCUUGUGUGCGUGCCUGCCCUAGUUCCAAGAUGGAAGUAGAAGAAAAUGGGAUUAAAAUGUGUAAACCUUGCACUGAUAUUUGCCCAAAAGCUUGUGAUGGCAUUGGCACGGGAUCACUGAUGUCAGCUCAGACUGUGGAUUCCAGUAACAUUGACAAAUUCAUAAACUGUACAAAGAUCAAUGGGAAUUUGAUCUUCCUUGUCACUGGUAUUCAUGGGGACCCUUACAAUGCAAUUGAAGCUAUAGACCCAGAGAAACUGAACGUUUUUCGGACAGUCAGAGAGAUAACAGGUUUCUUGAACAUACAAUCAUGGCCCCCAAAUAUGACUGACUUCAGUGUUUUUUCCAACCUGGUGACCAUUGGUGGAAGAGUACUCUAUAGUGGCCUCUCCUUGCUGAUCCUCAAGCAACAAGGCAUUACCUCUCUACAGUUCCAGUCUCUGAAGGAGAUUAGUGCAGGAAACAUCUAUAUAACCGACAAUAGCAACCUGUGUUAUUAUCACACCAUCAACUGGACAACCCUCUUCAGCACCAUUAACCAAAGAAUAGUGAUCCGGGAUAACAGAAAAGCUGAGAACUGUACUGCUGAAGGAAUGGUGUGCAAUCAUCUAUGUUCCAAGGAUGGCUGUUGGGGUCCUGGGCCCGACCAGUGUCUUUCAUGCCGACGCUUCAGCAGGGGAAGGAUAUGCAUAGAGUCCUGUAACCUCUAUGAUGGUGAAUUUCGGGAGUUCGAAAAUGGCUCCAUCUGCAUGGAGUGUGACUCCCAGUGUGAGAAGAUGGAAGAUGGCCUCCUCACAUGCCAUGGACCGGGACCUGACAACUGUACAAAAUGUUCUCACUUUAAGGAUGGUCCAAACUGUGUAGAGAAAUGUCCAGAUGGCUUACAGGGGGCAAACAGUUUCAUUUUCAAGUAUGCGGAUCAGGAUCGGGAGUGCCACCCAUGCCAUCCGAACUGCACCCAAGGGUGUAACGGUCCCACUAGUCAUGACUGCAUUUACUACCCAUGGACGGGCCAUUCCACUUUACCACAACAUGCUAGGACUCCCCUAAUUGCUGCUGGAGUCAUUGGAGGUCUCUUCAUCCUGGUCAUCGUAGGUCUGACCUUUGCAGUUUAUGUUAGAAGGAAGAGCAUCAAAAAGAAAAGAGCCUUGAGAAGAUUCCUGGAAACAGAGCUGGUGGAACCCCUGACUCCCAGUGGUACAGCACCCAACCAAGCUCAGCUUCGUAUUUUGAAAGAAACUGAACUCAAAAGAGUAAAAGUCCUUGGCUCAGGUGCUUUUGGAACCGUUUAUAAAGGCAUUUGGGUACCUGAAGGAGAAACAGUGAAGAUUCCUGUGGCUAUUAAGAUUCUCAAUGAGACGACUGGUCCCAAAGCCAAUGUGGAGUUCAUGGAUGAAGCUCUGAUCAUGGCCAGCAUGGACCAUCCACACCUAGUCCGCCUAUUGGGUGUGUGUCUAAGCCCAACCAUCCAGCUGGUUACCCAGCUGAUGCCCCACGGCUGCCUGCUGGAAUAUGUCCAUGAACACAAGGAUAACAUUGGAUCACAGCUGCUGCUGAAUUGGUGUGUCCAGAUAGCUAAGGGAAUGAUGUACCUAGAAGAAAGACGGCUUGUUCAUCGGGACUUGGCAGCUCGCAAUGUGUUAGUGAAAUCGCCAAACCAUGUGAAAAUCACAGAUUUUGGAUUAGCCAGACUCUUGGAAGGAGAUGAAAAAGAAUAUAAUGCUGAUGGAGGAAAGAUGCCAAUUAAAUGGAUGGCACUAGAGUGUAUACAUUAUAGAAAAUUCACCCACCAGAGUGACGUUUGGAGCUAUGGAGUCACUAUAUGGGAACUGAUGACCUUUGGAGGGAAACCCUAUGAUGGAAUUCCAACUCGAGAAAUUCCUGAUUUAUUAGAAAAAGGAGAACGUUUGCCUCAACCUCCCAUCUGCACCAUUGACGUUUACAUGGUCAUGGUCAAAUGCUGGAUGAUUGACGCUGACAGUAGACCUAAAUUUAAGGAGCUGGCUGCCGAAUUUUCAAGGAUGGCUCGAGAUCCUCAAAGAUAUCUUGUUAUUCAGGGUGAUGAUCGUAUGAAGCUUCCCAGUCCAAAUGACAGCAAGUUCUUUCAGAAUCUCUUGGAUGAAGAGGACUUGGAAGAUAUGAUGGAUGCUGAGGAAUACCUGGUCCCCCAGGCUUUCAACAUCCCUCCCCCCAUCUAUACUUCCAGAGCAAGAAUUGACUCAAAUAGGAACCAGUUUGUAUACCGGGAUGGGGGUUUUGCUGCAGAACAAGGAAUGGCAGUGCCCUACAGGGCCACAACCAGCACAAUCCCAGAAGCACCAGUUGCUCAGGGAGCUGCAGCUGAGAUUUUCGACGACUCCUGUUGUAAUGGCACCCUGCGUAAGCCCGUGCAACCCCAUGUCCAAGAGGACAGUAGCACCCAGAGGUACAGUGCUGACCCCACAGCGUUCGCCCCAGAACGGAGCCCACGAGGAGAGCUGGAUGAAGAAGGUUACAUGACGCCUAUGAGAGACAAACCCAAACAAGAAUACCUGAAUCCAGUGGAGGAGAACCCUUUUGUUUCUCGGCGAAAAAAUGGAGACCUUCAAGCUUUGGAUAAUCCCGAGUAUCACAAUGCUUCCAGUGGCCCACCCAAGGCAGAGGAUGAGUAUGUGAACGAGCCUCUGUACCUUAACACCUUUGCCAACACCUUGGGGAAUGCUGAGUACCUGAAGAACAACGUUCUGUCUGUGCCAGAGAAGGCCAGGAAAGCGUUUGACAACCCUGACUACUGGAACCACAGCCUGCCCCCGAGGAGCACCCUACAGCACCCAGACUACCUGCAGGAGUACAGCACAAAAUAUUUUUAUAAACAGAAUGGACGGAUCCGGCCUAUUGUGGCAGAGAAUCCUGAAUACCUCUCUGAGUUCUCGCUGAAGCCAGGCACUGUGCUGCCUCCUCCACCUUACAGACACCGGAAUACUGUGGUGUAAGCUCAGCCCUGGUUCUAAGGUGGAGAGACACGCCCGCUCCAAUUUCCCCACC